CUCUGCCGCUGUUUCACACUGGUAAGGUGGCAAGAUGGCGUCAGAACCGAACAAGACUGAAAUUCUUACGAUUUUUAAAAGACUGCGGUCGGUCCCCACAAAUAAGGCCUGCUUUGACUGUGCUGCUAAGAAUCCAAGCUGGGCUAGUAUUCCUUAUGGAGUUUUCCUUUGCAUUGACUGCUCAGGGAUCCACCGUUCACUUGGUGUGCACCUAAGCUUUAUCAGAUCCACAGAGCUCGACUCUAACUGGAAUUGGUUUCAGCUGAGAUGUAUGCAGGUCGGCGGGAAUGCCAAUGCGACCGCCUUCUUCCGCCAGCAUGGCUGCACCACCAACGACACCAAUGCGAAGUACAACAGCCGCGCAGCGCAGAUGUACCGGGAGAAGAUCCGGCAGCUAGGCCAGGCCGCCCUCUCCAAAUAUGGCACUAAUCUUUGGAUCGAUACUUCAGGAAGUGCUCAUACUCCAGCACCAGAGAAAAAAGAGACGGAUUUCUUUGACGAGCACACUCAGCCUGCCAACAGGUGGAACAUGUCCUCCCCUCCUCUGUCAGAGCAGAACGGCGCGGUUACUGGUGCGCUUCAGCCCGAGCAGGACAGUGGUGUGCCCGAAAUGAUUGCUGCCCAGCUAGAGGAUGGCCCCAGCACUGAAGGGUUAAGCUCAGAUGCAAAGACCACUAUAGACGACUCGAUGAGGUUGACGUCUGGUGAGCCGGAGCCUCUUUCAGAAGUGAGACCAUGCAUUAUUGGGAAGAAGAAACCAACCACUGCAAAAAAAGGGCUUGGUGCCAAGAAGGGCUUGGGGGCCCAGAAGGUGAGCAGUCAGAGCUUCAGUGAGGUGGAGAAGCAAGCGCACGUGGCAGAGAAGAUGAGGGAGGAGCAGGUGGCCGAGGCCAAGAAACAGGCUGAGGAGUCCAUUGUGGCAUCCAUGCGUCUGGCCUACAAAGAGCUGGAGAUUGACAGGAAGAUGGAGGAGAAGCGGCUGCAGAACCUGCAAGGGAAGAAACGGGAGCAGGCUGAGCGGCUGGGCAUGGGCCUGGGCACCAGGAGUGUCGUCUCUCACUCUGUGAUGUCAGAGAUGCAAGUAAUUGAGCAGGAGACCCCAGUGGGGUCAAAGUCUUCCUCUCGCUCCAAACUGGACAUGUUUGAUGAGCCGGGGUUUACCUCUGGACCACCAAAGUACAAGGACAACCCUUUCACAACCGGAGACAGCUUUGGCUCACGGUGGGAUACGGAUUCAGGCUCCGCCUCUUUCUCUUCCUCCUGGGUUUUGGAGAAGGAGGAGCCUAAAGAAACCGAAGUGACCAUCUCGAGCAUCCAGCCAAUCGGAGAAAGGUUGCCUAACAGGCGGAAGCCGGACAUUUCUGCCCCCGUCGCAGAGUCUAGCGAGGCACGGCAGAAGUUCGCUAAUGCUAAAGCCAUCUCUUCUGACAUGUUUUUUGGCCGGGAAAGCAACGCUGAGUAUGAAGCAAAAGUUCGUCUGGAGAGUAUGUCUGGUAAUACCUCCAUUAGUUCUGCUGACCUGUUUGGAGAUGGUAGCAGUCGCUCAGGAGCAUCAGGGUUCGAGAGCGUGCUUCCCUCUGGGCCGGACAUUGCCCAGUUUAAGCAGGGUGUGAAAACAGUGGCUGGGAAGAUGGCCGUAUUGGCUAACGGAGUUAUGAACACCAUUCAGGAUCGCUACGGUUCCUACUGAAAAGACUGCAUGAUUCGGAAAGGAAAUGACAUCACACAGGACUUGACACACUGCUUACUGUAUGGGGGCUUGUUUUUCCUCUCAUGUCUUUACAUGAAGGAAAGAGAAAAUGGAGAGAGCCAAAGAAAGGGCAAGAGAUCUGCCUGUCUUCUCUUCAGUCUGUCCCCCAGAUCUUUGUAGAUUUUCACUGACCACCCUGGAUGACAGUAUUUUCAUUUUCAUUUUUUUUUUCCUCCCCUCCCAAAAUGUGUUUUAUUUUCAGAUAAAAGACAAAAGCACUGAAAGGUGUAGAAUUUGUUUUUCAGAACCAUGGUGCUUUCUGUUGAAACUAACAGUCCUGUUUUCUAUGCCAUUUACUGGUCUAAGAUUUCAAAUGGUUGAUUUAAAAAAAAAAAAAAAAAAAAGAAAAAAAAGGGGAAAAAAAAAAAGUUCGUUCUAAAAUGCAUAACCAACCUUACGCUUAGCUCUACCAUGUUGUCAUGGCUUUCUUUUUUUGUAUUUAAAAUCAUUCUCUAUAUGGACUGGCGUAAAGAGUAGUGCAUCCACCUCACAGAGGGAAUCGAAGCCUGUAAUAUUUAAGUUUCAAAUGACAUAAUGAAGCAUUUCACUCGGUGUUGACACGGGCCGAGUUUGAUUGACAGGGGACAGGGACGUUGCCCUUUUCUGAAUGGGCGAAGUAGAUCUGUGGCAUCCAACAAUUCAAGAUUUUGUUUCAAGUGAUAAUUAACAAGCGUAUGUGCAAUACGGCCCCCGCAUGUUUGAAUGAGCAUGACGGUAUGUGGGUGGACACUGGGCGUUCCCAGCAGCGGGUCGUUCCUCACGGCUUACAGAAACCACUUUAGUAAUGGGCACUCUUUAUCCAAGCGUGACGAUAUGGGCCUGAGCUUGUGAUGCUCCAGCAAAUCUGAGUCUCACGUCCCAGUUUCUGCCAUUCUAAACCACCCCCCCCCCCAGUUCAACAAGGUAUGUGGUGGUUUGUUUGGUGUGUUUUGGUUUUUUUUCCAACUUUUUGCAACAGUUACAGGGAUACAUUUAGGCUUUUCAGCAAAAUCAUGUUCCCUCAGAAUGAUCUGCCUGUCACUUUGUUCCCUAGUGCAAAAUCUGAAAAAUAAAGGAUAAUCCAACCUCA